UCAGUCAACACAAGAUCCAAUUUUAGGAAUAAUAUACUAAUUUUCUUGGCAAUGUGUUGAAAACACAAACCUCAACAGAUUUUCUAGAUUGUUAAAAGAAACACAAAUGAAAACAGAAAUGAAUGUCCUCCGCAAUGAAGAUGGUGAAAAUGGAGGACAAUCUUAUCAAGAUAUCAGAGUCAUGGAAGACGAGAGAGAAUGGUUGGCGUCAAUGGAAGUAAAAGUCAAUCAAAGUCCUCGGUUAUUAAGCAAAUUAGCUGGUAAGAAAUCUUGUUGCAUCUUCAGAGUCCCUCAGAGCUUGGUUGAAAUCAACAAGAAGGCUUAUCAACCCCGUAUAGUCUCCAUGGGCCCUUAUCACCACGGCAAAGAACACCUGAAGAUGAUCCAAGAACACAAAUGGAAAUAUCUUGGCGCUAUGCUCAACCGAACAAGAAACCAUGGAGUUGAAUUCAAGGACUUGUAUGCGGUCAUAAAAUCAAUGGAGCAACAGAUAAGAGAGUGUUAUUCGGAGACUAUUCAAAUCAAGAGCUGUGAACUCAUUGAAAUGAUGGUUCUUGACGGAUGUUUUGUUAUUGAGCUUUUCUCCAUAGUCGGAAAGUUAGUACAAGGUAAUCUUGACGACCCAAUUUUUACUAUGUCAUGGGUUUUUCCUUUUUUCACUCGGGAUUUUCUCAGGCUUGAGAACCAAAUUCCGUAUUUUGUUCUUGAGGCUUUGUUCGAGCUUACUGUAUUGGGUUCAAGAAGAAACAAUCCUCCGACUUUGGCCAAACUCGCCCUGGAAUUUUUCAAUUAUAUGGUGCAAAGAGAUGUUGAAGUCCUGGAGCAAUACUACAAUCUUACAGCAAAACAUUUGUUAGAUUUAUUUCGUUUGAGCUUUAUAAAUUCGUCCCAAGAAACAACAAGAGAGAUUAGUCCAUUCCUUCAUUUGAUCCCGUCCGCCAAAAAGCUGCAUCUAGCUGGCAUUGAGUUCAAGCCAAGGAAGACCAGCAGCUUCUUGGACAUUGACUUCAGAAAUGGAGUCCUUGAAAUCCCACCAUUAACAAUAGAUGAUUUUACCAGCUCUGUUUUCCUUAAUUGCGUUGCUUAUGAACAGUGUUACCGUUACUGCACAAAGCACAUCACAACUUAUGCAACCUUGAUGGGUUGUCUCAUUAACACGCCCGGCGACGCAGGGUUCUUAAGCGAUCAGAAGAUCAUCGAAAACUACUUCGGGACCGAUGAGGAAGUGGCUCGAUUCUUCAACAAUGUUGGGAAGGAUGUGGCAUUUGACAUACAGAGAAACUAUUUGUCAGAAUUGUUUGAAGGUGUGAAUGAGCAUUACAGGAACAAUUGGUAUGUUAGAUGGGCAAGUUUUAAGCAUACUUAUUUUGACACUCCGUGGUCAUUCAUGUCAGCCGUGGCGGCUCUCAUACUCCUUUUACUCACCAUGGUUCAAGCCUUUUUCGCUGUCUACGCCUAUGUCCUUCCUGCCAAGUGAUUGAUGAAUAAUGUAAGUGUUUUAAGUAUUGAAUGGCCUUGAAAAUUCAGAUGCAAGAAUUGAAGCAUUCAGUGUUGAAACAUGGAGGAAACAGGUAUAGUUAACCAGAAUUUGACAUAUUAAACAAGAAUAUAUUUAGAAUCUCUGUAAUUUAGGUGAGUACGUUGAUGUGCCAUUACUGCAGGGGCGUAAGGCCACAGUUUUGUAACUGUGUUUCGUGUUAUAGAGCUAUUGUUCUAACUAACUGAUCCGUUUACAAGUCUUAAACACUUGUGAACUUAGUGGAAAUGAAAUUACAAGUCAUAACACACUUGCAAAUUCUGUUAAACAAAAAAAAGCCAAUCCAAAUCCUAAAACACUUGGUACAUGACAUGUGGAUUACAAGAAUUAUAAUUCAGUCCAAGCCCAAGAAAGAAAGCUAGCCCAAGUUGUCCAAGAAGGCAAGUCAGAUUCAGCUCAAGCUCAAGGAGAAGAAUUAGCCCAAAUUAUGCAAGAAAACAACUCAGCCCAUAUGCAUAAAGGAGAUAUUUCAGCCCAAGCCCAUUCAAGCACAAAUUCUUCAAGUGAAGUCCAAGUCCAACAAAGAAAAUGCCCAAGCAUUCAAGAGGUCCAAAACAGCCUAUUAUCCAAGCCCAAAGAGCAUUCCCAUGUUAUUUCUUUUUUAGGUCACUUCAAUGAAUUCCAAGGCCCAAACUCAUGCACUCUUAUUAGUAGGAUUUAAUUAAAUAUUGUCACGUUUAGUUAAUUAUCCUAGGUGGUAUAUUUAUUUUACUUAAGUAGUUAAUAACCCUUGUAAUGCUACUAUAAGCCUCUCUCAUUUUGUAAGGUUGAACAAUGAAAUAGAAAUUAAACACUU